ACAAUUUGAAUUUUUGAUUUAGGUGCCGGCAUAAUUACACGCACCUCAGAAUCUCCAGAUUUGAAACGUAAACCAGAAAAAUACACUAAAUUUCUUUACUUUUUUUUCAAACCAACUUCCCAUUUGAAAUUCAUCUGCAUUCCAUUCCCACAGUAGUAGAAAAUAGGAGAGAGAAACUGAAACAAACUGCUCACUCUCACACGCCUUGGAUUUCCUCAACUCUACUCUUCCCUCCAUUUUUUUACUAAUUCUUCCAAGUUUCACCCAAUUUCUCAAGCUACAUUUUCAACGAUCUACACAUAAUUUUCACUGUUGUUUGUUUUUUGUUGGAAUUUUGUUUCUGGGUAUAAGAAUUAUCCUGAUUUUAUGGGUGAUUUUUGAAGCAAAUAGCUGUAAUUGUUGCUGGGAAAACUCAGGUUUUCGUUUUAAACUGUCAGAUUGUGAAGUCUGAGAUCUGUUUCAAGAGAUUUAGACCUAAUUUUCUCCAAAAAGGGGUUAAUUUGUGGUGGGUAUUUGAUCAAAGCCAUAGCCAAGACUCCAAUUUUGUAAGUUUGUAAUCAUUUUUUUGAUUCAAGUGUUUAUCCAUUUUUUUUUUGGGAAUUGUAAGAUUUUUUCUGGGUAUUUGAGAAUAGUGGAGUAUAAUAUUGCUUGUGUCUGCAUCUGAUCUUGGCGCGACAAGUAGUUGUAUAGAAUAUAAAAGUGGGUCAAAUUGGGAUUAAACUAUAUGCAAUUCUAUUUUCCGUAGAUAUUAAUUUUGGGUACAAAAUUGUGGGGUUUGAUUAAAGGAGACUACUGAAAGGUUGAAGAAGGUCCCUUAUUGUGCUCACCAGAUAAGUGAUCAAAGUGGGUCCUUCUGAUAAAGUUUGAUAGUCCCUUUUACUGAAAAAAGCAAACUCUUUUUGAGGAAUCAUUGAUCUUUUAGCAUAUGGCACCUGCCGGGACUCAUUCAUCAUCAGGAUCGAGGAAUUCAUCAGGUAAGAAGGCACCCAAGGGUCGGGUACAGCCUUCUUUCAACUCUAUAAAAUCAUUGCCUGCUGAAAUUAGGUUGAUGGAGUCAUCAUCAUCAUCAGCUUCUCAAUCAUCUGAAAAGGUUGGGCACUCAAAUGGAGGUGUUUCUGGCAAUGGCAACUUAGAAGGGGUUGAAUAUGUUGCUGGACAAGGGGAUCAGGUUAUUGAUGAUUCACCUUACGGGGAGAGGGCUGUUCCUGUGUUGGAUGAAGAUUCUGAAAUUGGUUCUUCGCCCUCGCCUUCCGCCCCAUCUAUUGCCGAGUCAAAAUGGAAUGACACUGUUUCUUAUGCAAAGAAGAAGAAUGUUCAGGCUUGGUACCAACUCCCUGAUGGGAACUGGGAGCUUGGGAAGAUCAUAUCUGCUUCAGGGACAGAAAGUAUCAUUUCUCUACCAGAGGGAAAGGUUUUAAAGGUGCAAAAUGAUUGCUUGUUACCAGCAAACCCUGAUAUCCUUGAUGGCGUUGAUGAUCUUAUGCAACUAAGUUAUCUGAGUGAACCAACAGUUCUCUACAAUCUUCAAUACAGAUAUGACAGAGAUAUGAUUUAUACGAAAGCUGGUCCUGUGUUAGUUGCCAUCAAUCCAUUCAAAAAAGUUCAAUUGUAUGGAAAUGAAUCUAUUGAAGCAUAUCAGCGUAAAUCCAUUCAGAAUCCGCAUGUGUAUGCGAUUGCAGACACUGCCCUUCGAGAAAUGAAACGAGAUGAAGUGAAUCAGUCAAUUAUCAUAAGUGGGGAGAGUGGAGCAGGAAAAACAGAAACAGCAAAGAUAGCGAUGCAGUAUUUGGCUGCAUUGGGAGGUGGUAGUGGAAUAGAGUACGAAAUAUUAAAAACUAAUCCCAUCUUGGAAGCUUUUGGAAAUGCUAAGACCUUAAGAAAUGACAACUCAAGUCGAUUUGGAAAGCUGAUUGAGAUCCUCUUCAGCGAGACUGGGAAAAUAUCUGGGGCGAAGAUCCAAACAUUCCUACUUGAAAAGUCUAGAGUGGUGCAAUGCGCUGAAGGUGAACGUUCGUACCAUAUAUUUUAUCAACUUUGUGCUGGAGCUCCAGCUGCUCUUAGAGAGAAAUUGAAUUUGAAGAGUGUUGGGGACUACAAAUACCUGAGGCAGAGCAAUUACACCAUUACUGGUGUUGAUGAUGCUGAACAAUUUCGUAAUGUUAUGGAAGCUUUGGAUGUAGUUCAUGUCACAAAGGAUGAUCAAGAGAGUGCAUUCGCAAUGCUUGCUGCGGUCUUGUGGCUAGGGAAUGUCUCUUUUACGGUCAUUGAAAACGAAAACCACGUAGAACCCGUGGCUGAUGAAGCUCUUCUUACAGUUGCAAAAUUGAUUGGUUGCGAAGUCAAGGAGUUACAGCUUGCUUUGUCUACCAGAAAAAUGAAAGUUAGAAAUGACAUAAUUGUUCAGAAGCUAAAGCUUUCUCAGGCAAUUGAUACUCGUGAUGCAUUGGCGAAAUCUAUUUAUUCGUGCUUGUUUGAUUGGCUUGUAGAACAAAUUAACAAAUCUCUAGGUGUGGGCAAAAGGCGUACUGGAAAAUCCAUCAGCAUUCUCGACAUCUAUGGUUUUGAAUCAUUUGAAAGAAAUAGCUUUGAGCAGUUCUGCAUCAAUUAUGCAAAUGAGAGACUGCAGCAGCACUUCAAUCGUCAUUUAUUCAAACUAGAGCAGGAGGAAUACAUCCAGGAUGGAAUUGAUUGGACAAAAGUUGAAUUUGAAGACAACCAAGCUUGUCUUAAUCUUUUUGAAAAGAAACCCCUUGGUCUGUUGUCUCUGCUUGAUGAGGAGUCCACCUUUCCAAAUGGAACAGACCUAACUUUUGCUAACAAGCUUAAGCAACACCUGAAGUCCAACCCGUGUUUCAAAGGGGAGCGUGAGAAAGCUUUUGCUGUGUCUCAUUAUGCAGGAGAGGUUUCAUACGAUACAACAGGGUUUUUGGAGAAGAACAGAGAUUUGAUGCACAUGGACUCUGUUCAACUUUUGUCUUCUUGUAAGAGUUCCCUUCCCCAAAAGUUCGCAUCAAGCAUGCUUGUACAGUCAGAAAAGCCUGUUGUUGGUCCCUUGUUCAAGUCAGGGGGAGCUGAUUCACAAAAGUUGAGUGUCGCAACAAAGUUUAAGGGUCAACUAUUUCAGCUAAUGAAACGUCUGGAAAGCACAACACCCCAUUUCAUUAGAUGCAUUAAGCCAAACAACUUGCAAUCUCCUGGAAAAUAUGAACAAGGACUUGUGCUGCAACAACUUAGAUGUUGUGGUGUCCUUGAAGUAGUUAGAAUUUCAAGGUCAGGAUUUCCUACCAGAAUGACACACCAGAAGUUUGCCAGAAGGUAUGGUUUUCUUCUUCUGGAGAGCGUUGCAUCUCAAGAUCCAUUGAGUGUUUCAGUUGCUAUUCUUCAUCAGUUCAAUAUCCUACCGGAUUUGUAUCAAGUUGGUUACACAAAAUUAUUCUUCCGUACAGGACAGAUUGGUGUGCUUGAGGACACAAGAAAUCGUACACUUCAUGGCAUUCUACGUGUUCAAAGCUGCUUCAGAGGUUACAAAGCUCGGUGCUUUGUGAAAGAAACUAGAAAAGGAAUUUGCACACUUCAGUCAUUUAUUCGUGGCGAGAAGACCCGAAAGGAAUUUGCAGUCUUACUUAGGAGACAGAGAGCUGCCAUAACUAUACAGAAACAGAUAAAGGGUCAGCUUACGAGAAAACAAUUUUUGGAAGCUACUAAUGCAUCGACAGUGAUACAAUCAGUUAUUCGUGGCUGGCUGGUCAGAAAAUGCUCUGGAAAUAUUGGCUUGCUUAAUUUGGGUGACAAAAUGGGCAAUGAAUCGGAUGAAGUCUUGGUGAAGGCAUCUUACCUAGCAGAGUUGCAGCGCCGGGUCCUAAAGUCCGAGGCAGCCCUUAGAGAAAAAGAAGAAGAGAAUGAGAUCCUUCAUCAACGUCUGCGUCAGUAUGAAAACCGUUGGUCAGAGUACGAAUUGAAAAUGAAGUCAAUGGAAGAAGUUUGGCAGAAACAGAUGAGAUCACUACAAUCAAGUCUUUCUAUUGCAAAGAAAAGCCUUGCAGUUGAUGAUAAUGAUUCAGCCAGGAAUUCUGAUGCAUCAGUGAAUGCAAGUGAAUAUAGCGGUGAUACUGGCGGUGGUAACGUAACAUUCAAAAGUCACGAAAGUAACGGGGUUAGGCCAAUGAGUGCUAGUUUGAGUGUGAUUAGUCGGUUAACAGAGGAGUUUGAUCAGAGAAAACAAGUAUUUGGGGAUGAUGCUAAAUUCUUGGUGGAGGUGAAAUCGGGUCAAGUAGAUGCUUCUCUGAACCCUGACAGAGAACUGAGAAGGCUUAAACAGAUGUUUGAAUCUUGGAAGAAGGAUUAUGGAGCGAGAUUGCGAGAAACUAAAGUCAUUUUGCAUAAACUUGAUAGUGAAGAAAGAGUGAGUGACAAGUUAAAGAAGAAAUGGUGGACUAGAAGGAACAGCACAAGGAUAAGCUAGGGUUUUAGUUUGUGAUUUAACUGUCAUGGCAAAACUUAUAGAUCCUGCCUCUGUAAUUAUGAAAUGAAAUUGAGUUGGUUUACAGUGCAGCAUAUGAUCUGCACAAAAAGAAAAAGGAAAAAAAAUGAAGUGUAGAAUUUAAGGGUAUAUGUGUGUCAUUUUUCGGUUUUAUUUUUUUAUUUUUUAACUUCUCUUUCAGAAAUUGUUCUUUGUAAGGAAACCUUGAAUACAGUCAAAAGGCUAUGACACUGGUUUUUGUGUUGUCGUCUUCAGCCUGACGGAUUAAUAGAAGUGAGUUGAAUGUUUCAGCUGACUAUAUUUUCUA